AUGGAUUUUGCUACUCAUCGAGCUAUAAUUUUCACGGGCAUCGUCAUCCUCUCCGCCAUAGGAUUGUACGGGAACAUAUCUCUUAUAGCUAUUCACGUUCGAAAGCCACACUUGCGAACAAAAUACGGUCUUUUAUUCACACUUUUAACGUUCUCACAGUCUAUAUGUAUCGUAUUUGAAUGGAUCGGUGGAAUCUACAUUGUAUCAACCCCAAAUGCAACCGCGUAUGGAUGUUUCCAACUUAUAUCGAUUUAUGUUUUCAUGCACUGCCUUCAAACAGGAUUAAUGGCAGCCAUAGCUGCCGAUCUAUUUAUAUGUAUCACGUUCCCGAUGCUACACCGCACAGCAAGGAACGGUGUUUAUGUGCUGAUCUUGAGUCUGCCCUCCAUCCUGUAUGGCUUACUGUCCAUGACUUUUGGUUAUGUAUUUCCUUCGUACACCAAGAUAGAUAUGUGCAGUCCGCCUGCGUCUCUGCACGAGGUAGUUAAAAAUCCUUGGUACGGUGUGGCAGGAGCAGCUGGAGUGAUUACUGUAGCCAGCUAUGGAGCCGCGUUUUUUGUUCUUCGAUGCCAAGUAGAACGCGGAAACCAAGAGCAGGAGUUGGCGAAGAGAUCGAUGCGAACUUUGACUGUAAUUCUUAUCAUAUUCGUGUUCGCUCGUUACACGACCACAUUGGCUGCAAAUGUAUUGCUUUGGAUGCAAGCGCCCAAAGGCAUAUUUUCUUAUUUUCAAUACUACAGCACAUUUCCAGCCAUGAUUUGCUACAGCCAGAACUUCUAUGUAACUUACUGGAGGAGUGCUGAUUACCGCAGGCAACUGAGGAACCAACAAGCGAAAGUGCACAAUGCUCUCUUUGGUCAAUGUUGUCCAGUUGAAACAGAGAAAUCCCUCUUUGUAACUUCAAGAGCAACUACUCAUGUCACUGUUACAACAGUAUGAGCAAGACCAGAAAACGUUGCAUUUCUUUGCGCAUCUCUCUAU